AUGGACUUGAUUAGUAUCAUCACAACAUUGUUAACAUUGGCUGGUGUGGCAAUAGUAGGAACAAUUGUUACAAUAUGGAAGAGAAGCAAUAUAAAGACAGAUGAUGAUUUGAAGUUGUAUGUUGAGUCGGGUAAUAGUCAAUUCACAUUAAGAGAGUAUAAAGCAUUAGCAAUACUAUGUGACUCUGUAAUAGCCAGUCAUAGAAUAACAAAGGAGUUCUUUAAGAAGCACAACAUCUCCCUGACCCAUCGCUCAGAGGACGAUGUCAACAAGUUCUUUGCAAGACCCGCAAAGGACAUGAACAUUGCAAGUAGAUUGAUCGGCAUGAUGGUGAAGGGAUGGUCAGGUGAUCAGGUGAUGCAUGUGAAAUGGUUGCUUAGACUGUUGUGUACACCAAUGGGAGUGUUGCUGACAGACUCGUUGACACCGUUUGUCGAGUUAUCAAUAUAUCAACGUCAACAGAUAUUGACCAAUAUGAAGUGCUCACGUAUUCCCAUGAGAAGACAAGCAUUCAAUGCACUAGUUCCUUUGAUAUACACUCUGUACCUGGUGCCUCAAGAAGAAAUCAAUCCAAACUGGAUGGCACUACAAUAUGGUCCGUCGUCAAGCGGUAGACGAGGAGACAAAAUGGACAUUCGUAAAGACACCUCAAUAUGCGCAGAUGUGGUCAUUGUUGGAUGCGGAGCAGAUGGUUGCACAACAGCCGACAAGUUGUCGGCAGCUGGCCACAAGGUCAUCUUGUUGGAGCUCAAAGAGGAGGGCAAGACUGACGCCGACACACAACAAGAGGUUAUCGUUGGCGAUGAUUAUAACGUCAGCAUCAACCUCGCCUCCAGCAGACGAUUGGCCGGACAAUGGACUACUCAAUCAAGCAGUACGCCCAACAUUGGGGCACGCAACAAGGGUACCAUCAAGACCAUUGGCAAUGUAUCCGUUCACAAAGUGACCAGCGACAAUACACAAUCACCCAAAGCAGCUGGUGUGGAGGCGACUUAUACAUCACAUGACGGUACAACUCAUAAGUUAUCGAUCAAGGCUCAGGCCGUCGUCAUCUCUGCCGAUUCAAACAUAGACAUAACACAACUACUACGUUGUAGUGGGUUGGAUACAUCGGCAACUACUCUUUCAACAUCAUCUAAUAGCGCAACAACAACAAUGGUAAUUCCAGCCAUUGGUAUCUUUGAGGAGUCACCUGUAACUGGUGGACUACCAGUCGUUCACAAGCCCUCAACAGCUGUGAUGGCAAGCGCAUUGAUGACUCACCUGUUCAAGGACUCGUUGACACAGAAGUUGCUACUUGUGGACCUGUACAAAGUUGGAUAUAUUGCCGACACACAACAAAGUCUAGAGAUGUCACUUCAAGCGUUGGUCAAGGCCGGCGCCAAGAAGGUUGGAAUUCCAGUCGCCGGGUUGGACCUGGUGGACAGCCAGAACAUUGACACACUCAUCCAGUCACUCAAAUCAUUCGAUCCAAAAAGCAGUAAUGUAACCAUGAUGAAGAUAACUCAUUCGCCAUUGACAACAAAGGGACAGUGGCGCGACACAUGUACCAAAGGAGAGACUGGCGAGAGCAACGAGAUGUCAGGGCUCUACUUCACAUCCAAUAGUUGUCCAUUAUUGAUAGAGAGAUAUAAGCCAUCCGCAACAACACAUAAUGACGAUGGAGAUAAUGAUGAUGACGAGACUGAUGAUGACACUGAUGAAAUGGAUAUAUCAUUUCCAUCUGAUACCAUCACGUCAUCCGAUGAAGAAUUGGCUACAACAGCAACAAGGACAACAGCGGCAAAGUGUGGAUACGAUUAUCCAGACAAUAAAUGA